AAACAUGCUGAGCUUCUACCGGAGAAAGCAUUUUUUUCUGUAAAAUAUAACUUGCUGUGAUUUUAAUGACAUUUACGCUUUGAAACAUGUUGUUCUUCUGUCAUUAAAUUACCGAGUUCAGAGAUUUCUGUUACGUGGUAUUUACUUUUAUAAAGGUGGUGAAUCCGAAGCAUGCUAACUAGCUGAAACUAUCUGGAGCUUCUACAGUUUAGCACCAUGUUGCAAGGCACUGAUGUAGGAGGGUUUCUUAUAAUACAAGAUUCUGCUACUUACUCUGGUAGACACCUCCUAAACAGCUUCAUCAACGCCGCACUGAACAGGGAGGAAUCUGUCCAUGUCCUUGGUUUUGAGAUCAGUGAGGAAGAGUUGAAAGAUGGAUUGAAAAGAUCACCCAUUCAGAGGCUACACUUUCACAAUGCUUUUAUAGACCCCCUUGGCUGGACUGAUCACCCGAUUUUCACAGUUCACCAGUUCAGUUUGGAGGAACUUGUACGUCUGGUCAAGCAAACAUCUCACCCCAAACCAGCUACCUUGGUAAUUGACUCUCUUUCGUGGAUUUUGAGACAUAUCAGUCCUCCUGCUGUUUGCAAGACUCUUCAGCAACUUAAAAAAGAGGGAGCUGUGAGAGCUGUUAUAGGUCUGCUCCAUGCAGAUAUGCAUCAGAAAGGUACUGUGGGAAGUGUAUGCCAUUUGGCUACUUCAGUCAUCACUGUGGCACCUGGAGUGAAGGGAGAUGCAGCAGUGGCAAAGAUAACAAAGCGCUCAAAAUCGGGGAAGGUUAUGCAAGAUGAGGAGAUUUUUAGCAUCAAAGAGGAUCUUACAGUCAUAGUACAGAGCAAGCCCAACCAUACUGGACCCAAACAGACUGAUUCUGAGGAACAGGAGAUAGAUCCAACAGCUAACUUGACCUUCAACCUUCGUUUAUCUGAGACAGAGCGUAGCGCUAAGGAUAAGCUUGCACUUCCUUUUGUCUUCAGCAAAGAGAAGAAGACCGCUCUGCUCCAUUCUGGGCCGGGUUCAGGACGAAUUCUCUACGAGCCUGAUGCCAACGACGACUAUGACCAGGAGGACCCAGAUGAUGAUCUUGAUGUGUAGGUUUGGCGCAUAAAACCCACUGAAGAUGUCCUCCUUGUUAUUUAAGGCACCAAGUUGCUUUCACUUUCAAAGACUUACACCAUCUCAUGGAGCUUUGAUGAUAUAAAAUAAUGCUAAGAAAAUAAAAUAAAAUAAAUCUAAGAAAUCUGGAUUAUGUUCAUUAAAUGAUAUCUGAGUUUUAAUAAUAUUUUUGAUACCCAGAAUUUGUUUUUUGGAAUUUGAAUACAAUUAUGUUAUUUUCUGUCUGUAAGUGAUUUUAUUAUUUUGUUCAUAAAAAUUAAUGUUGUACAUGUUAUGUGAAAUAUCAUGUGUUAACCAUUUCAUCAAAGUGAGUCAUGUUUAGCAUUGCCAUCCAACUGAAUCUUUACUUAAAGAUUUAUUGCAUUUGUUGCCAAUUUGAAGGUCAGGGCAAAUAAAUAUUAGGGGUCAUAAAAUAAAGUGAAGUGAUAAGACUGAAAAAUCAAUUUCUGGCUUUUCUUAUAAGGUUUGUAAUUUUCUCCUAAUAUACUGGAUACAUUUUCCUUAUUUUCCAGACCCUCUAAAACAAUACAGUCCCAAAAAAGGGUCAUAAAAUGUAAUUAGGGUCUCAAGAAGAUACUGACUCACUGCCAAAUAUUAUUGUAAAUCUGAAAUAAAUCAUUUCAUCUCUG